AUGAAGAACCCCAAAUAUCUCGAAAGGCCCACUUUCUCCUGGAAAUGGCGAACAUUAGAGGACUGGAAUGCGGUUUCUGCAUUCACCAAGGCCAACUAUGUGAACAUCGGAAUGCUUGUCGUGUUCCUGUUUAUAGCCAUUCGGCAAGUCAAGGCCAAGCAGAAAGCAGCUGAGAAGUACGGUUAUGAACAUCGAUUCAUCAAACGCCCUGAAUUUCCCCCAGUGGAGGAACAACUUGACUUCGAAUGGGAGAAGACCGAGCCCAUCAAGUUGAAACCAUUCAAGCCGAAGUACCAUUUGACCAUGGCCCUUGAGAACCUCAACCCGUCAGAACUGCUUCAGAUGGACAAGAACUACCGUGAUCGCAUUACCUACCGGCGUGAAAUUAUGUCCAAGCACGGUACGCACGUGGUGGCGGUGAACGACGACUACAUCAUCCGGCCUGCUGUGGUCGAGCACUACGAAUUUCUCAUGGGCACUUACCUCCCACUCCGGUUCUCGAAGAUGUUCAAACUGCACGAGACAGACUAUGAGAUGGGCAAGGCCUUCAUGCUGGAGAAUUUGGUGACAGGAGCAAUCUUUCCCGCCAAGGUCUCCCCAUCGACGCCGACUACAAGGCUGCUGGAGACAUUAGGCCGCACCAUCGACGAAGAUAUCCUGUUCCUCUCCUCCGACGAAGAAGAACCUACAACAACAAGCGAAAAAUCAAACGGACCAAAAGACAAAGACAACGAAAAAUACAUCCUCCAAGCCUACGUCGUCUGCUGCCCUGCAGGCUUCGACCCGGCGGAAAAACUCGGAAAACGGCUCGCGGCAAUCCACACGCCGGUGCCAGGCUACCAAGCCAAAAUUGAAGGAUCAAUGGACCGCUUCUUCUCACGACUGGAAGUCGGCAAGUACGUGAAGCGGGUGAAUUGGAGCGUGACGACGCAUGGGGAGCUGUACGCGGCAGGGAAAGGCACGAACCACGCGCACGAAGGCGAUAUCGUCCAAGAAAUGACAGACGAGGAGCUAGAUGUGGACAAAACUUUCAUGCGUUGUGAGCGCCAGACCUUGCAUCGCUUGCCGAAGUCUAAGGGGCUGGUAUUUGCUUUCAAAACUUAUCUGUAUCCGAUCAGGGAGAUUAAGGAGGACGGCCUAGGUGGGGAGCUCGCGACGGCGAUUGACGGCCUGAAGGAGGGCAGUGUCCCCGGCAUGCAUUUCUACAAGAGAGGGACUGUUUGGGGCGAAGCUGUCAAGCGAUAUUUGAGAAGUUAG